AUGUCAAACCAGAAGAUUUUGCCCAGUGAUGGGAAUUUUCAACAAAAUGAAAAGCUUGGGUCUGGUCUAAACUUACCGAUCUCAUUCUAUCAAUGGAACACUUCAAUGAAAUCCUUAUACUCUGAACUAUCACUGAUCCCGUUAAAGUCACCAACAGAGACUGAGCAAAGAAUAAAGGGAAUCAGACAGAAACCAGACCCGCUGACCCCACCCAGAUCUUUCACCCGCAUGAACACCACCCCUAGUGCUGCACACAGCACAGCACCAUUCUCCACAGUAGGCGGGGAGGGGGGGCAGUUAGACAUCCUAACGGAGGUGAGGGGCCCCUUGGGAUGCAGGAAGGAAAUUGGUGGUGAUUCCCUGAGGGCUGGGAUCGGGAUGUGCUCCCCAUCUCAAAAAGCAGGCACGACACGAAUGGAGGCAGACUUCAACAACAGCACCUACCUUGUCAGCUUCAGUCUGUUCUGGGAAGGCCAGGUCUCAUCUCUCCUGAUCAUCCACCCCAGUGAAGGAGUAUUCUGGAGGGCAAGGAGCCAAGGCUACGAUAGGGUUAUUUUCAAUGGUAAAUUUGUUAAUGGAACUACUCAUGUCUUCAUUGAAUUUGGCCUGACCCCAAACUCACAUGAGCUGUGGGAGUACUUGUAUACCCAAGACCAAGAAGCCUUCUACUACCUGAAACCUCAGCACACACACUGUGAGGCUCUGACUCACAGGGCCACCAGGAAUUGAGAAAUGUCUUAUCUUGCUGUGAAGGAAAAAAGCCUUUUUGUACACAUCAAUAUACUUUUAGAUACCCGGGAAGUUCUGUGCAAUGUGGCAGGUGAAAUGAUGAAACCUCCUAAAGUCAUUGACAUCUCCCAGUGUAACAAUCAUCCAGGAUUAUCUCUCAUCCCAAAAUCCAUGCCUUUCAUCACAUUUGGAAACUCCCUUUUGCCAUGGAAGAGUGAAAAAUUAAAAGGAUAAUGCGAAGUCAGAAUGAAGACUCCUGUCCCCAGUGGUUAUACUUCAGAAGGAAGGUGGAUUACAUUUUGUAACCAGAUUCAGUUAAAUACAAUGGAGAUAAAUGGCUCUUUGAAAGGAACAUUCAUUUAUCUCCUGGGAGACUCUACCUUGCAUCACUGGAUCGAAUACUUAUCCAAACUUGUAAAAAAGUAUGUAUUUUUUCAUCUUCCCGGAACUGGAAUUUUUAAGAAGCAUUUAUUCUUGGGUGCAGAAAGACACAUUCAGAUUCAGUGGAAAAAAUAUAGGUACUCUUUUGUCACCCUUCAGCUCUACUCUGGGAUAGACGAGGGUUAUAUUCCUCAGGAAACUGAUGGGAUAUCAGAUGACAAAAGCACAGCCAUCGUCAUCACACGUGGCCAACACUUCAGGCCCCUCCCCAUUGACAUUUUCAUUUGCAGGGCCAUGAAUGCUCGAGAAGCUAUUACACUACUAUUCCUAAGAAGCCCAGCCACUAAAGUGAUCUUUAAGACAGAAAACAAGAAGAUGCACAUACACACAGUCAGGUUUGGAAACUUCCGUGGUUGCAUUCAAUAUCGUACCAAGGACAUUUUCAAAGAUCUCGGUGUGUAUGUCACUGAUGCCUGGGACAUGACUAUUACACAAGGCACUAAUAGUGUCUACCUACAUGACUAUGUAAUUAGCAAUCAGAUCAACAUGUUUUAA